UCAAUCUUGUCAUUGAGCAGAUGGUUUUCAUUUAAAGUUCGUCUUCAGAAUACCAACUACGAAUCAUUGCAUUUUACCACGCCGAACCAUCUAUUUCUAUGCAUAAUACCUAUUAACACACCUAACUAUUAUCGAUAACAUAACUCGAAACUCUUUCUUUCAGAAGAGACAUUUACUAAAGCUUAGUAAAUGUUAUAAUAAUUGCAUUAGUAAUAUUACUAUUAUAGACUGCAAUUCUCUAUCUCGAGUUCACUCUAGUGAAGUUUUUCCAGAGCUAAGCUAAGAUUAGUAAAUUUUUUUUUCUCGUUAUCAUUGCUACAUUAUUAACACAAACUCAUCAUAGAUUCUAGUUUUUAUCUCGAAUAACCUUUGAUCAAGUUUUCUAAAAAAAAAUUUAAUAGUAACAGUAAAAAAAAAGUACAAACUGACUUCGAAUUUUCUCACCCUCGAUUACCUUUGGUCAACUUAUGUGGAAAAAUUAGUUCUUUUUCUUCUUGCGUCUUUGUUCGCCAUUUUUCUCUCGAGUUGUUCUCCGACCAAUCAUUGAAGUGUGAACUCACAAACAAGCAAGCAGACAAUUUAUUUUUGCUGGACUCUACGAGAAAGAAAAUAUAAUCAUCUAUAUAUCAUGAAGGUUUAACGAAAAAUAAACUUCUAGAUUGAUAGAAUAUGGUAAGAAGAAAGAUACUGAAAAGUGAGAGAACCUUACCCAUUGUCAAUAUAAUAAAAUGUUUGACCACCUUCGCUAGAAGUAUUUUCUUAUCAAUCUAAUGUGAAAGUGUAUUGUUUAUUCUAGGUAAUUUUCAACGACAUGAUUCACGACGUUCGAUUCGCUCUGAAACAUCUUCAGUAAUUAGCAAUAAUUCAACACAACAAGUAAUGGUACGAACUUUAAAGAAUAUCUGUCGAAAACCAUUUUUCUUACGAAUACUUGCUCUUAAUUCUCCUGAAUGGUUUUCAAUAUUAUUGGGAAGUAUAACAUCAUUGAUUUAUGGCGCUGUUACUCCAGCAUAUGCUCUGAUCUUGGCCCUUGUAUUUGGGUUAUUUUCUCAAGAUGCCGAAACAGCAGAACGUAAUGCACGAAAUUAUUCAAUUAUUGUAUUUUUUGUUGGUUUGGCUGGUGGUCUUUGUCAAUUUAUUUCAUCAUAUGCAUUUACACGAUCAGGAGAAGCAUUAACUGUUCGAAUGCGUGUCAUGUCAUUUGCUACCCUGUUACGUCAAGAAAUGUCUUGGUAUGAUGAAGAAGAAAAUCAACAAAAUAUUCUUGUUACACGCCUUUCAAAAGAUGCAGCUGCAUUAAAAGGAAUGACUGGUGUAACUAUUGGAGCCUUUCUAAAUGCUGUUGGUACUUUAGUUGCCGGUUUAGCCAUAAGUUUUGUUGCUGGAUGGAAAUUAACACUUGUUCUUCUUUGCUUUACUCCAUUGAUUGUUAUAACUGGUUAUAUGCUUGGUCAAAAAUUAUCAAAAGCUGGCCAAAAGAAAGCCUUUUCUACUCACGCUGAACUUGGUAGUAUGUAUGCUACUGAAUCACUUAAGAACAUUCGUACUGUUACUUCACUUGGACUUCAAGAUCAUUUCAUUAGACUAUAUAAACAAGCUUAUAAUAAAGAAUUUCGAUUAUCAUUAUGGCAAAGUCAACGAAUUGUAGUCGGCAAUGCACUUGCAAAUACAUUGAUGUUUUUUAUUCAAUUAGCUGCAUUUGGUUAUGGUGCUCGUUUAGUAAUCGAUCGAGAAAUGACUUACAUUGGAGUAUUUCAAGUUUUUGCUGUGAUUACAUAUGCUACAAUAGCAUUUGGCCGGAGUGCAAGUAUGGUACCAAAUUAUAGUCGAGCAAAAGAAGCAUCGAUUAGAAUUAUGAAUUUAAAUGCUCGUCAAUCACGUAUUGAUCCAGAUAAUGAAAAUGAAGGAGAAAUUUUAGAAAGAGUACGUGGGGUGCUCGAAUUUCGUGAUGUUUCUCUCAAAUAUCCAUCGCGCAAGGAAUCACGUGUAUUAAGACAUUUAUCUUUUACAUGUAACAAAGGUGAAGCAACAGGAAUAGUUGGUCCGAGUGGAUCGGGUAAAUCAACGUGUAUUGCCUUAUUGGAACGUUUUUACGAUCCACAACGAGGUAAAGUGUUACUAGAUGGACAUGAUUUACGCACGAUCAAUGUUAAAUGGCUUCGUUCAAUAAUUGGUCUUGUACAACAAGAACCUGUUCUUUUUAAUAUUUCAGUUCGUGAUAAUAUUGCCUAUGGAGAUACAACACGGAAGUUUACGGAUGCUGAAAUUUAUGAAGCGGCUCGACAAGCUGAUAUUCAUGAUACUAUUAUCGGAUUAGCACAGGGAUAUGAUACAAUGUGUGGAUCUAGCGGUCAAGUUCAGUUGGCUGGUGGUCAAAAACAACGAAUUGCUAUUGCACGAUUACUCAUUCGUAAUCCGAAAAUAGUUCUUUUUGAUGAAGCAACUUCUGCACUUAAUGCUGCAGUUGAAGAGAGAAUCAUGCGUACAUUUAAUCGAACACGAGCAGAUCGAACUUGUAUCAUGGUAGCUCAUCGUCUAUCGACUAUCAGAGAUUGUGAGAAAAUAGUUGUCUUAGUUCGUGGACGAGUCGACGAAGAAGGAACUGACGAACAACUGGCCACUAAUCCACAUGGAACAUAUUCACAACUGCUUAGAGCAGCUGGACUUUACACAACGACAAGAAAUACGGAUGAUAUUGAAACUGAAUCCUUUUAA